AUGCCAACCUUGUCCCGAAUCACACUGUCAGAUUCUCACCUCCUUUUUCGACCCCAUGGACUGAAACAAAGUCGGCCAUCAUCUUCAAUUUCUUUCACACAUUCUCCACUGACAAGUUCUGACAAAAUGUCGGGAUAUCGUUGUCAAUGCCGUGCCCUCGGGCAAUGGAGGCAUUGCAAAGCUCAGGAGACCUGUGUCGGAGCACACUUCUACCUCAACCGCUGUCACCACUGCCGGGUCGCCAACUGUGGCCCCGUCCUCCUCGAGAAUAAAUACGCCAUUCCAUCCGUACCAUCCAGUUCCUUUGAACCCACCCCCGGCACCGAAGAGGAGGACUAUCCAACCGACAUUCUUCCACCUGGUAUGAGCAUCCAUCGGGCCUGGGGAAAGCAGGAUAACUUUGUUCCCGGCACCCGCCCACUUCAGCGCGCCAAAGACACUGGUUGUGGUUUUCCUCAGUACAAUUGGCAUGAUGAGAAGCAGUAG